AUGGUUUUAGCAAACAUUUGUGCGUGGUUCGUUUUGGUAUCGGUGGCGACUGGCGUACCAGAUUCGCCACCCCCGCCUCCGCCACCGCUUCCACCGUCACACGUAACCGAUUUGGUUCACGAGUUUAGCUACAAGAUAGUUCCGUGGAAUAUGGGAUUUCCGUGUCCGAGCACGAAGAACAUCUAUUUGUCGACGGGACGAUUCAUCCAGAAGAACGUGAUCGCUACCGGGUUUGUGAUCUACAAGGACCAGUGCAUUUUAAUCAUGCCGAGGCUUCGAGAGGGGGUGCCGAUUACGCUAGGAACAUUCUCGCUGAAGGCUAAAGAAAGUAAGCCCACCAUUUUGCCUUACCCAUGUUGGUCGAUGCAAGAGGAAGGAAAUCCGGAAGCUUUACAAAACGUUGUGGAUAUUGUCAUAGAUCGAACAGAUACCGUAUGGGUUCUCGACACUGGCAUCUGUAACACACUGCAGCAGCCGAUAAAGAGAGCGCCCCCAAAGAUUGUGGGUAUUGACGCGAAAAAUGGUCAAGUGGUUAAAACAAUCGAUUUGUCCAAGUUCGUCACGGCAGAGAGCCUUUUGCAGUGCAUUUUGGUCGACAUUGAUGAACGAGGAAACUACUUUGCCUACAUAAGUGACGCCGGAUGCGGGGCUCUAAUCGUCUACGACAUCUUUAAUGGUAAAGGAUACCGUGUGGUUUUGCCCAAAUCAAUCGUGUCCGAAUCUCCCAAUAACGAUAUACUGUACACGUUGUUAAUUCGCAAGCCCUCCGGAAACUUGGUAUACUUCAAGUACUUGAACUCGAAAAGAAUCUACUACAUCAAAACGAGUUUCUUGCAACGAGGGCAAGUGUCUGGUGCCGUUGUCGACGUUGGACCAACGCCACUCUGCGAGAAUAUGGUACCGCUGGGUACGGAUAACGGCGCUGCGAUAUUCUUCAGGUGCAAGGGUGGCUCCGAUAUUUACAUAUGGAAUACACAAACCUGCUUGAAAGAGGACAACUUUCUACUGGUGCAAAGAGGUGACGAAUGCCGAUUGGCAACGCAAGUGGUUCCCGGUUACAAACGCCUCAUGUGGGUUUUGGAAAGUAAUAUUCACGACUACGUCGCCAAUACCGCUGGUUGUUUGGGAGCCUCCAUCGUUCUUCAUCCUCUAAUAAAAACAGCUGAUUAA